GACUUAAAAGUUCAAACUUUCCCAGUUCACUUCCACACUCUCCCUCUUAAAACUUUAGCCACCACACCACACCCACACCUCCAAAAUUUUCAACCCCGCACCCUCCCACUUUCCCAAUAAAUAUGUCCACCAUUUCUGCCUCUAAUAAAUUCUUCACCACCACCACUGAUACCUUCUCUUCCAUCACAACAACUCCACCUCCAAAUUUCCCAAAAUUCCCUACCUUUCACCAACCCAAGCUUUUCCCAAAACUCUUUCCUACUCCAACUCCACACCUCCUCACCCACUCUUCAAGAAAAUCCCUUACACGAGCAUUCUCAAAGUCCUCUGAGGAAGCAGAGGAGCUCUCAGCAGAACCAGAAGACGAGUGGCUGAACAAGCUCCCGGAAAAGAAGAAGCCCCUCUACUCUCACAGCUUGCCUUGCAUUGAGGCUUGGCUUAGGAGCUUGGGUUUUUACCAGAGCAAAGAGGACAGGGCCGUUUGGCUUGUGGAGAAGCCCGAGUGGCACGCCCAGCUCUCACUGGAUAUCACCGAACUCUAUAUCAGGUAUAUGAAGAGUGGACCUGGGAGUCUUGAAAAGGAUGUUGAGAGGAGAUUUAGUUAUGCACUUAGCAGAGAGGAUAUUGAGAAUGCUGUACUUGGAGGACCUUAACUCCUAUAUUGAUUAAUCUUGCCAUCAUAUUGUUUUAUCAGCUGAAUUUAUUAGGUAACUUCCUACCGAGUCCUGAUUUGCAUGACUGGUGGACAGAAUUAGAAUCACUGAUGCUUUUCUAUUUUU